CCCCUUCUCUCACCCCCACCUCUCCCCUCCUCACCGCAAACAUUGACAGAAGUAUCACAGAGAAAACAUGGCAGAGAUGGAAAAAGAGGGCAGACCUCCGGAAAGCAAGAGAAGCCGCAAACCAGCUCACCCGGUGAAACGGGAGAUAAAUGAGGAGAUGAAGAGUUUUGCAGAGAACACCAUGAACGAGUUGUUGGGUUGGUACGGCUACGACAAGGUGGAGCUGAGGGACUCCGACAACCUGGAGAUCGGAGAGAUGCCCCAGCACAUCUCCGUCCUCAAAGAAAACUCGUUGCCAAAAAUCUCGGCUUUAUCAGAAAACAGCGAAGGCUCCCCGGAUGCAGCCAACAGCUCCCUGUGUGUGCCAGCAUCCAGAAACGGAGUCACAGACCACUCCGCCACCGCGUCCACCUCCACGCCCGGCACCAAGGAGCACGGCGGCCUGCCCAUCAUGGUCCCCGUGAUCCCCCCGCCGCUGAUCAAGCCCCCUGCAGACGAAGACGCGUCUAGUGUGCAGAUCAUGUGCGCCUGGUGCCAGAAGGUCGGCGUCAAGCGCUACUCUCUGAGCAUGGGGAGUGAGCUGAAGAGUUUCUGCAGCGAGAAGUGCUUCGCCGCCUGCCGCAGGGCCUACUUUAAGAGAAACAAGCUGGGAUUUAUAAGGAAUUACACUAAAAUGCCUGGAGCGCCUUUCGUUGGGAAGAGCAAAUCCCUUUGUUUUUGGCAGGUGAUGGAGACGCACACACCCGUACAGGCGAGAGACGAAGACGGCCUCGGUGGGAAAUUACCCCGGCUCGUCUUUACUCAGGACACACCCAGACUUGUCUUCAACACAAACAGCGACGUGCUUGUGUGUGACUGGUGUAAACACAUUCGCCACACAAAGGAGUACCUGGACUUUGGCGCUGGGGAGCGGAGGCUGCAGUUUUGCAGCGCCAAAUGUUUGAACCAGUAUAAGAUGGACAUUUUCUACAAGGAAACCCAGGCCGCCCUGCCCGGAGGACUUUGUAACCCCGGACUCGGGGCAGGUGGGGAGGGUAAGCCGGAGUGUGUUGGGGGGGUGCAGCUGCUGACUCCCGAGUCGUGGGGAACGCCGUUAACGGACCUUCGGCGUAAAGCUCCCUCACCAGGGGGGCAUUCCAGCGCCUCUGCUUUGGCCCUGUCCACUUCUUCUGCGCCCUCCCCCUCAGAUACAGCGGCUGUCUGCUCCCCUUCCUCCUCCUCUUCAGCUAAAAUCCCAACACCUAGACCCCACGAAAGCCCAACCCUCCCCCCACCACCAGUUCCUACUUUGCACCCACCGGUUGGGAUUCCCUCCGGUAGCCCUCCCAUGGUGAUGACGCCUCGAGGACCCAUGUCUCUCCCUCUGUUCAUGGAGCAUCAAAUGAUGCAGCAGAUCCGGCCCCCCUUCCUUCGCCCCUCUGCCCACCCAGCAGGACCCAACAGCCCAUUGUCCAACCCCAUCAUCCCUGGAAUUGGACCACCUCCUCCCCCAAGGAAUCUGGGUCCAGCAUCAAGUCCCAUGCACAGACCUCUGCUGUCACCACACCUCCACCAUUCAUCUAAUCCCAAUCCUGGUCUGCUACCGCCUCACCCUGGUAUCCCCAUGCCAGGUCUCCCCCCUUUCCCCCCUAUCAACAUGUUACCCAAUGGACCCAUCCCUUUGUCCCCAAUGAUGAACUUUGGGAUGCCAUCCUUGGCCCCGUUAGUGCCCCCACCUACUCUCUUGGUCCCAUAUCCCAUUAUUGUACCCCUCCCAGUCCCAAUACCGAUCCCAAUUCCAAUCCCCUUUACCUCCAAAACUUCCAAGGACCAAUCAGAGAGCAGUGGCUCUGUCCGUAGUGGUCCAGAGUGCUCUGACACGUCGUGCUCCAGGCCUCAUUCACCAAACUCGUCUGGAAGUGACAAAGGGGACCAUAAGAGCGAACCUCCUGGUGCUGAGCAUGUUCCUCCUCUACCUUCAGAGAGGAGCAAGCUCACAUUUUUAGACUUGACUGUGAAGGCCGAGGACAAUUCAGCCAACCUUUGUCCAACCAGUGGUUCUGGACUGGUAGAUGGUGUAAUUGACUUAACGGUGGGCCAAAAGCUGGGCCACCAGCACCUUAUUCAGAGGAUGCUACCUGCGGUCCAGGUUAAAGUGGAGGCGGAGGCUGAAUCAAGAUCUCCACCUGCUGCUGAGUUGGGGAGAGAAGGGGCCAUUGAUGAUGGAGACAAAAGCAACGCCGCAGAACUGGAAGAGAUCUCACACCUUGGCUCACAGGAUUCUCCAGCUGCACUUUCAAGUAAAACUCUUCCAGUGAGCCACUUAAGUCCCAGCUUUACCCGCACUCCCACUUCGUUACGGACCUUACCCUUACCCCUGCCCCAGCUCCAAGCCAACUCCACUGCUCCUUGUAACGUAAUCGUCAACGGCACCACAUGGCAUUCGCUUCUCACUCCUCCGUUUGAGUCCUGCCCUGACCGAAAAGGAGACCGGGAGGCCGAGGAUCGGCCAGCCAACGGCGAUCUGGAGCACGAAGCGUUGAAGGAGAACUGUUCGGUGAGAGAACGUGAGAUGGGAAAAAGGAUGUCCACACAAGACGAGAAAGUGGACGCAAAAGCGGAAGGAAAGGCGGAUCUGGACUCCAGCUUGGAGGAGGGUGAGCAUGCCUAUGCCUUACCGCUGCUGUCAGCUGGAGGUUGUGUCGUCAUCCAGCCUGUGCCAAAGCCUGCUGCUGAUAAAACGGCCAUCUUGUCUUGCUCCAUCACCGCGCCGCUGUCAUCAGCUGGGAGCCCCGAGCUGGAGCCGCCACUGAAGAGGAGGUGCCUGCGAAUCCGCAAUCAAAACAAAUGAGAUGGAUGCUCCGGCGACCGCAGUGCCAUCGGCGACUCACUCGUCUCCCCCCACCCUCUAAGUCCCUCCUCUCCGAGCGGCAUCCGUCCACACGUGCACACUCACAAGUUGUUAUCGGCCAUCCUCACCCAUCGUCCAGUCCACCAGCACCACAAAUCGCCUUUGAUGACUGAUGAGAAUGGGAGACAACAGCGUGUUCUGUAUCAUAGCAGAGCGGUCACGACUCUAUUUUAUACUGAAUGGAUGUUUGGGCCAGCUUGAACUGGAGACACUAAAAACCUGCUGAUUCUCUUCGUUUAAAGCCUCUCAGCCCACACUGCCCCUUAGAUUUAAUCCAUCCCCCUUUGCACUUUUAAAAGGAAUCUUUGUGAAAAUGAACGAAGACGUUUUCUCCGAUAGAGUCAGAAAUGUCGCCGUGCAGGGACCAAACUCUCCAACCUCACGUCUUCUGAUGAAAGGAAAUUCUAAUCAAGCCUGAGUUUAGUGGAUGCAAAGUGAUCGAAGGACGUCUUUUAUUCAGACGCUGUAGAAAUGGCUCUCGAUUUUUAAAUUCUUUCUCCUUUGUUCAGAAAAAUUUUCUAUCAAAUCAGUGAACUGGACACAACCUUCACCAACGACUAACCGCAUGUGGGUGCAGCGUGCGUCUUCCUGCUGCUUCCAUUUCCUUUUUAGGUGCAACCAGAAAUUUCACCAUUAACAUUCUAAUCACUGGAAAUUUCUGCAACGCCGUGCGUGAAGCACUACAAGCUGCUGCUGAUUGGGAACAUUCCCAGGCUCUGAAAUGUCCGGGAUGGGAAAGUGGAAACUCCUGGAAAAGGGAUUUUUGACUUCAUCUCUAAUAAACACCACGAGCUUCUGGGUUAGAUUUAACUCACCAGUAAACGGCAUGAAGUACACUUAAUCACACAAGAAUCAACAAUUAGUAGAAAACUGAUUAAUUAAUCCCCAGUUUGUACUUAGUUAAUUCUCAGUAACAUUUAAUUAAUGGCCGGUUAGAAGUGAGCGAGGAACAAAUCAGACACUAAUUUCUAAUAAACAUUAAUAAAUGUUCAAUAGCGAAGAUUAUUUGAAACAUUGCUUAAUGCAGCUAACCACUACCAGAUAAAAAACACCAUUAGCUAAUGUUCAUUAGCAUAUUUAGCCUUUCUCGUAAAAAAAAGAAGAAUUAAUUAUCUAUUUUCAAAAUGAAAUAAGUUGUUAACUAACCAGUGGAUAAUAACAUACUAAUUAUGAGCUAAUUAAUAAAAUCCGACCUAAUCAUUCGCUAAUGACUCGUUAGCAAUAAGUCGCAGUUAUUUUCUUGUUUUGAACUUAACAUAAAUGAUUAAUUACCCACGGUGUUAUCAGGAGUUUACACCAGGUGACUGAUUAAUCACCAUUAAUCAUUAGAUAAGAAACAAAAGCUGAUCAGAAAUUAGUUAUUAAGCUAAAAGCAAUAAGCAACUAGCUAUUUUUUCUGUUCUAGCUCAAGCUCUUAUCAACGGAUUUACCAAAUAAUAAUUUAUUACAAACAUUUAAUCAGGGUUUUAUUUACUUAGUAAUUUAUCACUAUUUAAUAAAGAGCUAUUUAACUAAAUCUGAUACCAAAAUAUAUCACCAACUCUUUUAGAGCCUGAAAUAUUAAUAAGAACAUAUUUUUUAAACUUUACCAUUUAUUUUGAAUAUAACAACUAUACAAUCAUCUGUUUUUAUUAUGCAGUUAUAUAACAAACUGUAAUAAAUAAAGAAAAUUGGCCCUUGCAACGUGUCAAUCCUCCACAAGGGGGCAGUAGACGAACAGGUCUGGAUAAGAAGGUCUGGUGAAUGUACUAAUCCUGAUGCACCAACUGGAGGCUUUAAGGCCUGGAGUGAUUUCAGAUACUUAAAUAAAUAAGGUUAAGAAUUAAUCAUUGGGUCAUGAUUAAUUAGUGCUUUUCAGAUCGACCAUAAUUAAUCAGAUAAAUGACUAAUAAUUAAUAUUUAAGUGAUAUCUGACACAUUUUAAGCUCUCUGAUUGGUUCCUCUCUAAUGACAGACUGGCCAAUGAUUAAUCUUUACAAAUGUGAUCAGGAAUUAAUCAAUAACUGAUCAUUUGUUCCUGUGUUAACCUUUAAAGUGUUUCUUUAGCAUCAAAGUUUCUUCAUGACUUUUCAGCAGUUUUUAUUCCAGCCUAGAUUAUUUAGCGAGCCUCGUUUGCGUGGUCCAACUGGUCUAGUUUACUGUAAAGGGGAAAACCAGGAAUUACAAGAAUAAAUAAUCUAGUUUUAAAAGACAAAAACGCGCCACUUUCUUUUAAAUAAAAACAGGAUUUCAACUAAAGAUGGGUCCCGAAUUUAUAGUUGCCAAAAACUAAAAGCACUUAAAAAAUGUCCUUCUGUAAAAGAGGAUGUGAAAAUCAGUAUUACUGCUUAGAAGGAUGCGUACUGACUACUGGAGUCGUUCACCAAACAUAAAUAAGACAUAAGAGACGUGCUUUUUUAGUCUGUAAUGCCACAAUCUGAGGCCAGUGUGUCUAAAGAGCUCAGCUGAGAUUAUUUAGUGUUGACCCAGAAUAAGCUGUCAGUAACUUUAUAUGCUGGUCGUUUGUCCAACUUUAAGCACCUCGCAGCUCCUGCCGGCAGAAAGGAGCAGAUGCUGUGAAAUGUGGUCAGCUGCAGCUUGGUUUCAUUCUCAGAGCUUGAAUGUUAUAAUCUGGCACUAUAACAAUAGUUUGCACUAACAAAAAACAAGAAGAAACUUGAUUCCAGAGCUUUCUCAGAGCAACAGCAACAUCAGAGAGGAUAAUUUACCUGCACCUGAUUGGUUCACCCAGCUGAGCACAGCAGCUAGUCUCAAGUUUGGCUUUUCCUGAAUAGAAAAUAGGAAGUGUGGUACUUUUGCACCUUUUUUUUUUUUUUUUUUUUACAAGCAUUACAGCAAAAUCAAACCCAAAACAUUUAAUUAUGAGCAUUACUACUUUCUGCCUAGUUGGUCAUGAUUAAUUACCGUUUGUGACGCAGCUAAAAACAACACAUUUUCUGGGUUUGGUCGACUGCAGACGAUAUUUUAUGUUCAUGGAAACGUCCUCGUCCACAUCGUUUUGUGCUUUCAGAAAAACUCGCCAAAAGCAUAGAUGGGAGGUUGUGAAAGGUUCUGGGUUUGCGUGAACAAGGCCUUGUAGUUGUUCUCGCUAGGAAAACAAAAAGGGUGCUAACAUUCUUCUGCUUCGCUCAAAGCUGAAUAUUUAGUUUGUGCCUAAAAGAUCCAGCCAGCGUGAUGUGAUGCACAAACGGAGAAAAUGUUUUGACACGGCCGCGGCGUUUUGGGAAAAUCUUUUUACUUUAAUGCCAAAAAGUAACUGCUAACUAGCUUAGCUUAGCUUAGCUUGGCAUGCUGGACACCGCUAACCGAAAGCCCCCCUUAAUUAUUUCCGUUUAUUUUUUUAUGUGACAGGCAAAAGAGAGACGUCUGCCUUUCUCUUUCUUUGAUAAAGUUUUGUUUUCAGCAGCUUUGGUGGCUCUUACUCGACCUUACGUGAACUUUCCUUCAUCUGUUUAGGGGGUCUUGUUAGCUAAACUGUUGUUAUGCCUGUUGUUUUCUCCUGUUUGACACUUUUACACCACAACACACCAACUUCUGACUCGUUUUAAACCAUCGCUGUUGUAAAAAGUGGUUAGAGCUUGAAGGACAACCGAGUUCAUUUCUGUGAAAGCGCCUAAAACUUGUGACAAAUCUCCAGCACCCCCCUUUUUGACGAUGAACUGCAGGCCUGGAUUAUGCAAUGACAACUAACUCCAUGCUGAUUAAAACAAAUAAAAAAGCGGUCCAUAGAAUUAUGAUUAAUAACAUCACAACUUUCGAAAACAACAGGGACGCUGCCUUAACUCUUGCUUGUAUAAUCUCCGCAGUUAAGACAAUGACGCUCUCUGUAACAACGUCUCUCCCUUCUUUGUAUAAAAUGAAAUAUACCAGAAACAACUUUGUUAUCUUGCUAGUGUCAAUGUAUAGAUGAUCAGCUUUUUCUGUAGCUCGUAUGAAAUGUCACAUUUUUACACAAAAAAAAAAGGAAAAUCCUCCCAACUUCCCUGUUCCUAAACAUCUGAUCGGUUUUAGCUCAUGGUGGACUGUCGGUGUCUUUGUGUACAUUUUAUAGUAUUAUUUAUUGUCAACAACUUGCAAAUAAUAGGAACAGUGAAGAUGGGCGAUGUAAAUGCUUUGUGAACAGUGAAAUGCUUUUUUAAAAUAUUGAAAUGGAGAAAAACUGGAGUUUUUUAUUUUACCUUUUUUUUCUGACGUUGUACAAUAUACAUAACGUGUGGCCAAAAUUGCUUUUAAAAUGAAUCCAUUUUGUGUUGUAACAGUUAUUGUUUUAUUCAGUAAAAUGCUCAUGAAGACAUAAAUAUGAGGUGUGCACGCACACACACACACACACACACACACACACACACACACACACACACACAAAUCUGUUUCAGACAUUACUGUGUAAAUGUGCAAAAAACAAAAUGCUAGCUUUUUGUGAGCGACAUUUUGUUCUAAUUUCUGCACUUUUUGAAUGAAAAUUUAAUUUCAGAGCAAAAUACGUAAAUAAAUGUAACCAGUGUUGUUUAACAAAACCCUUAAA